AGCUAACCGAGACGGUGGAUUUUAGUCUGUAUGCAACCUCUUGGAACACUAGUAAAGCUCCAUGAGUGUCCAUUCAUAUUAGAGCACAAGCACGGCCAUCGCAGGCGUGUGCUCUGAAGUUUAGCUGAACAAUCGUUCGCUUGGUGAUAGAUAAGUAACAGCCCAAUGGACGAAGCAGAGCGGGGCGUUAACUUUCUGGCUGCCCUAUGUGGAUGAUGAAAGUGGCAUCACUGAUACGGCGCAUUGCUUUGUUUCAUGUGUAGGUGUACUUCGGUGCAAUAAAAGCGUGCAUGUUGCUCGAUGGUGCGCUCGCCAGUCGUAGCUACUGCUACGCUCGUGCAAAAGUGAUGCAUUUGGUUUCAUCAUGAUAGAAAAAGUUUGAGACCCUGCUGCAGGAUUUGGAGAGGGUGCGCGGGGAGAGCGCGAAUUGGAAGGCAAAGUAUGAAAGUUUGGAGAACCGCUGUCGAACCAGCGCGGAAGCAGCCGCGGCGCAAGCGGGGGAAUGGAAAACAACGUUGGCGAGCCGGACUGCCGAGCGCGAUGUACUGCGCAGAAACGCUGAGCGAGCGGAGAAGGCGCGGCAGGAGCUUGCGACCGAGCUGCAGAGCUGCGCGGCGGAGCGGGAUAAAUGGCGGGACCAGUGUAGUUCGCGGGAACGCACCAUCCAGCAGCUGGACAAGCGACUGGCGGCCCAACAGGACGCUGCGAAGCGACCGCAGCAGGAGAACGCCCGUCUGCUCACCUUCAACAGUCAGUUCUCGCGCGAGGUCACAGAAGUGCGCGGGUUGAACCAGCGUCUGGAGAAGGAGCUUGCGCUGGCGCGGGCGGAUCUGGACGUUUCCCGCCGGAAGUGCGUUGCCGUAAGCGAACAUCGGGGGCGUGACAAGACGGAGUACCAAAAGGUAAAGGAGGAGAAGGACCGGCUCAAGGAGGAGCUGCGUGCGCAGUUGAAGUGCAACGCCGACCUGCGUGGCUGCUUGCAGGCAGAAAAAGACGCAGCCAAACGCGCCGGAAAGCAGCUCGCCUCGCUUAAGCUGCGCCUGCAAAACAUCCGCUACGCGAAGAACUGCGCUGAGAAGAUGGUACCUGCAUCUCCUACUUUGGGAAAAAUAAUCAAGUAUACGGUAAAGAAGUUUUAAUAUUCUGAGUGAAGAGGUGGAGGUGCUGGAUUGUAGGCCACCGCUUGCGCUGUAUUUCUUGUGGCGACCGCCUUUCGAGUCAGCAUGCAUAUGCAAAAAUGAUUUUCGAUUGCCAGCGAACACACAAGCGCACAACCCUGUAACGGGCAGCUCGUGCAUGGUUCAGUGUCCCGCCGCUUUUCGUCAGGUAGAUCGGCUCUCGGAGGAGAUGCAGGGGUAUCAGCAGGAUGCCCGGCAAGUGGAUCGCGUGACCACGGAUCUCCAAGAUGCCGCGAUCCGGCGUGCCGAAGAAGAGUGUCGCAAGCUUGCCGCGUUGGAAGAAGCGGCGGAACUGCGGCUCCUUCUCGACCUAAAGUCGGAGGAGUGCGCGCACCUCUACGAGCAGCUGGCGCUCCUGGAAGCGAAGAAGACCUCAACGCACAGCGUGGGUGUCGUCACUUCGCCAAAAGUUUUGAGCUUGACAGCCGGGCGAGAAGAUUCACCCUCUCCCCGAAGUCGGGAAGCGCAGCGCUUCUUGGAAGAUGCCCGUGUCGCUUUGGGCGACGUCGAAAUGGAAAAGUGGGAUCUGCAGGCACAGGUAUUAUACUUGCGAAAAGAUAUUACCCUUUACUAUCUGCGCGCUCGUGUAGUGUGUGCGCGCCGUCGCUGAUGCCACAGCUUGGGCGCGAUGAUGCCACAGCGUGGUCGUGGUCGUGUAUCCAUCAUUCCUCGUCGUGAUUUCUGUCUACAAGCAGGAGGUGGUAGGUACUGUACAACCUACUUGUUUUAUUUAGUCCAGACGUGCUACUUCUACUUGUUGACAAUGAACGCUGGUAUCGCUUCAGGUCUCACAGGCGGAGCAGGAUAAAUUGCAAAGUGCUUCUCGACUUUCGUGCUUGAGUAAGCGCGUGAGUGAGCUGGAGAAGCACCUACUUGCGGAGCGCGAAGCUGGUGAACGGGAACGAGAAAAGAGCGACCGGUGGCGCCGGGAAGCGGAGCGCGUGAUCCGUGCAAACCGGUUUCUGAGGGAUCAGAGCGGCAACCUGCGUCGCAAGAUGGAACAGGUCGAGAAUGAGCGGCGUUUGCGGUACCCUUCUCUGGCUCACCUGCACCCGGCGCAAGCCAACUUGGCAACUCGGAGCACCACGAGCUACAGCUUCACCAGUUCCGCCGCGGCUGACUCGGGGGCGUCGUCGCCCCGCGAAGUGCCGCCCUGCCCAUCGCCCGGAGGGGGCACCGUUUGCGACCGCGAUGUUGACGAUGUGGUUGUAGGACUGCAUGGCGGCGUUGGGGUGGAAAGCAGCGGAACAAACGCGACCACGACCAAGAGCAAUUUCUCUGUGGAACAAACGGAGCAACACGGUGGUCAGCAACAAGAGUUCCAAUCAGAGCAUGCCUAUUCGGCGCACCUGCUGUCCCAGGAUCCGGCGCUACGCAAGUUAUCCCAAAGUAUCAGCCUGCUGGAGCAGUACCUGCCACAAGCGGCGUCGCAACCAACCGGCGGGAUGGCCAGCAGUAAGACCAGCUCUUCCACCCAGUCCGUGCCGUUGCCCCCGCCGGCACAGGUUUUAGCUGGUGCGGAGUUGGUCGUGUCUAGUGCUCUUCGGGGCGAGGAAGUGAAGGGUGAAGAACAAAAAUCAGAAGUGAACGUCGCGGGGGAGCAGCAGGAGCGCGGAUCGCAGAGCGAACUGACACUGAGUGCGAUGAACACUGCCUAUGUUGUGGAGGAGAGCACGUGCACACAGUCGAGUAGUGCUACGGAUUGUAUUGCUACUGCCAGUAGUGCAACUGCUUCUGCAACUGCAGCAAGUGGACGAGGACCACACAAUAAUUUAGAACUGUCCAGCUCAGCCGGAACAGCAUCAUUUUCGGUCGGAGUACAUGCACAAGAGCCAAUUGUUCUCGGUCGGGUUCAGGAGGACACGAAUGUGACCACUGGCACUGCUGUUCCCGUUCCGUAUGCUAGUACAGAAGAAGCAGCUCGACAAGGAGGUGUAUCCUCCUGAGCUGCGCUGUCUUGGUGUGACACAUCUCAACACCAGCAACAAGCUUUUUGCCGAUCAUCCCCUAGGGAUGGAGUACUAGACAUGUGAAUUUUGAUUUUGGGC